GUCCAACAUUCGAAUACAGCAUCACCACGGCUCACGCCCAACCCAUCACCCACGCCACUUCCCUUUCCUGUCCUUCCUUCCCUGCGCAGCACACACGAUCCAGUCUGCGCUGCAUCGCCCCAACAUCGUCUUUGACCGCCGCAAUCCUCGCAGGCGCCGCCACAUAGCUCCAUCUCCUUCCACUUCCUUCCGCAAUCAACACACCUCUCACCAACACCGCGGGGACAACCCCAGCUUCAGCACCACAACCGCCAUCUGCUCGCUUCCGUCACCAUGGUUGGUCUCACUUCAGCUGCCGGUGUCGUUGGAUUCCUCUCAGAGCCAGACCCAGCUCUGCGGUCAUUCGCCCUGCAUCAGUUGAACGACCAGAUCGAUCUGCUGUGGCCAGAAGUCGCGGGCUCAGUCAGUCAGAUCGAGGCACUCUACGAAGAUGAGUCGUUCCCUGAGCGAGAACUCGCCGCGCUUGUAGCAGCGAAGGUCUACUACCAGCUGCAAGAGUACAAUGAGAGCAUGGUCUUCGCGCUGGGUGCUGGCAAGCUCCUGGACAUCCACAAGGCUGGUGAAUUUGAGGAGACAAUACUAGCGAAAUGUGUCGACACGUACAUCGCCAUGUCCGCUCUCCACAACCCACCGACCCCCGUCAGCAAGGCAAACCAGGCGCCUCCGCAGCUGAGCACAUCAUUUCCCGGAAGCUCGACAGGUGCUGCCAGCACUUCAGCUAGCUUGACCUCGCCCAUCACACCCUUCUCGCAAUCUGCGCUGCCUUCCAAGUCGCUGCUCUCCCGCGAGGACACAAACACAUUCGAUCCCACAACUCCCGGUGGUGGCAAUGCGGGUGUAGCUGGAGCACAUCCCUCGCCCAUGAUCCUGCAGAGGAACGUUCAGAAGAAUCUACAGGCUACGAUCCGGCGGAUAUUCGAAAGCUGCUAUGAGAGCGGUGACUACAAGCAGGUUGUGGGCAUUGCGAUCGAGGCACGGAAUCUGGAUGUUCUGCGUGCGUCGAUCCUCCGAGCAAGCCAGGACGAGAAGGAGAAGUCGGGCAAGAAGCCUGCAACGGGCGCUUCCACCAAGAGCGAGGAGCUGAUGGACUACGUGCUCGACAUCUGCAUGAACGUCGUGCAGGAGAGGGGCUUGAGGAAUGAAAUCCUCCGCCUUAUUCUUGACCUGCUCAACGACAACGAGAUCCCUACCCCCGACUACUUCUCGAUCGCCAAGUGCGUCACUUACCUCGAUCAGCAUUCGCUUGCGUCGAAGCUCGUCCGACAGUUGGUCGAACAGGGCGACGACAAGUCGCUCGCGACCGCUUACCAGAUCUCGUUCGACUUGUACGAGAACGGCACUCAGGAAUUCCUUGCGAAAAUUAUGGCAGACUUGCCUGAGUCAGAUGAGGAGGACAAGGAGUCGAAGCCCUCUGACAACGGCGACGCAUCUGAAGCGAAGGAGUCGGACUCCCUACUUACGGGUGCAGAUACAAGCAACGUUUCGGACCUGCCAUCUCGCACAAAGAAGUCCGGCAGCGAGGACCACAGCAAGGCAUUCAGCUCCGUGCGCCACAUUCUUCGCGGAACCAAGAGCAUUGAGCUGAAUCUCGAAUUUCUCUACAGGAACAACCACACCGAUAAGUCUGUCUUGAACAAGAUCCGCGACAGCCUCGAGGCACGAAGUUCCAUCUUCCACAGCAGCGUUACAUUCGCGAAUGCGUUCAUGAACGCCGGCACCACAAACGAUACAUUCUUCCGGGAGAACUUGGAUUGGUUGGGCAAGGCGGUCAACUGGUCGAAGUUCUCAGCGACUGCGGCUCUUGGUGUCAUCCACCGUGGUAACAUCACACAAGGUCAGAAGUUGCUGGAUCCAUACCUGCCAAAGGACAGCGUCUCAUCCGGCUCUCACUACGAGCAGGGUGGAUCUUUGUACGCUCUCGGUCUGAUCUACGCCAACCAUGGCAGCAACGUUCUAGACUAUCUUGUCAAGCAGUUCCAGAACGCCUCUGAGGAGGUCAUCCAGCACGGUGGUGCGCUCGGUGUUGGUGUUGCCGGCAUGGCUACGGGGUCUGAGGAGAUCUUCGAUGCCUUCAAGAGCGUCCUGUACACCGACUCUGCCAUCAAUGGUGAGGCUGUCGGUCUCUCCAUGGGUCUUGUCAUGCUUGGUACAGGCAGCAUCAAGGCCCUUGAGGACAUGAUCCAGUACGCACACGACACACAGCACGAGAAGAUCGUUCGUGGUCUCGCUAUGGGUAUGGCGCUCAUCAUGUACGCCCGCCAGGAAGCCGCCGACGAGCUCAUCAACGGUCUCCUCGAUGACCCGGACCCAACCCUGCGUUACGGUGGCAUCAUGACCAUCGCACUGGCGUACUGUGGCACAGGCAGCAACAAGGCCGUCCGUAGGUUAUUACACGUUGCUGUUAGCGACGUCAGCGAUGAUGUGCGCCGAGUAGCGGUCAUGAGCUUGGGUUUCGUGUUGUUCAGGAAGCCCGGCAGCGUUCCUCGUAUGGUCGAACUUCUUUCCGAGUCUUACAACCCACACGUCCGCUACGGAGCUACCAUGGCUCUUGGUAUCGCCUGUGCUGGUACCGGCCUUCCCGAGGCAGUCGACCUGUUGGAGCCUAUGAUGAAGGACUCCACCGACUUCGUUCGUCAGGGUGCCUUGAUCUCGCUCGCCAUGAUUAUGGUACAGCAGAACGAGGCUAUGAACCCCAAGGUUGCAUCAAUCAGGAAGCAGCUUACCAAGAUCAUCGGUGACCGCCACGAGGAUGCCAUGGCCAAGAUGGGUUGUGCGCUUGCUCUUGGUAUCAUCGACGCUGGAGGCCGCAACUGCACAAUUGGACUGCAGACACCGACUGGCAACCUCAACAUGGCAGCCAUUGUUGGUAUGGCUGUCUUCACACAGUACUGGUACUGGUUCCCCUUGACACACUUCCUGUCGCUCAGCUUCACACCAACCGCCAUCAUUGGUGUCGACCAGGACCUCCAGAUCCCAUCGUUCAAGUUCUACAGCAACACUCGGCCAAGCAUGUUCGACUACCCACCAGAGACGGAGGUCAAGGCCGAGGAGGCGCCCGAGAAGGUCAAGACCGCUGUCCUGUCAACAACAGCGCAGGACAAGCGCCGAAGGAUGGUCAAGGAGCGCCAGCGCCGUAGGGAGAGUAUGGACGUCGACCAGACACCUACGACGCCCAAGCCUGCCGAUGAUGACAAGAUGGACGUUGAUGAGGAGAAGAAGGACGACGAGAAGGCUGAGGGCUAUGCACCAGAGUCGCCGAAGAAGAAGGUGGAGAAGGAGAAGGUUGGUUACGAGUUGGAGAACAUGUCGCGUGUCCUGCCACCCCAGGUGAAGCACAUCGCAUUCCCUGGGGACCGUUUCAUUCCAGUCAAGAAGCCAACACUCGGGGUUAUUCUUCUCACGGAUACAAAGCCUUCAGAGCCCAAGGAGCUGCUCGAGCUUAAGGUCAAGAAGGCGGCGCCGGCACCAGCGCCUGGUGCUUCAGGGUCGUCUGGUGAACAGGCAGCUGAAGGUGUUGCAGAUGCCGAGUCGUCUGGAUCUACAACAGACAACCUGGUAGAGGAGGGCAGUGAGGAAGCAUCGCUACCUGGGGAUUUCGAGUACGAGUCAGACACGAACCCAAAUGACAGCGAGUAGAGGCAGUCGAGGGUCGAUUGUAGUAUCCUUCUUGGAGCCGGGCGGAUUGUCUGCAUUGAUCUUAGGCUUAGGGAGGUCAGAGAAGGCCGCUUUCCCAGCCUGCCUAGAUGUAUAAUAGCCCAUGCGGUCUACUAGAAUUAUAAGCAUAGUCGUUCA